AUGAUUAAAUCUCAGAAUAAUAAAACCAUCAUUUUGACAUAAUCUAUUUUGGAUGAUUCCUCAGAGUUUUGGAUUCAAAGACCACAAGCAAUGUUAUAAUUCUAGUUAUAGGACGCACUUUAGGUAGUUAACAGAAACAGAUUAAUUUUGAAAACAUUGAUGCUUGGGGGACAUUAUAUAAAAUAUGGUGAAGAAAAAUUUCUUGAUAUCAGAAAUAUGUUUCUCGAAAUUGUUUACCAUCCUCGAACUUCAUCUACGGGAUUUAGAUUAAGCAAGAAUGGCGAAAAACUGGAUGUCUAUGGGGAAGUGUAGAAUUGGGUUGAGAUGCUUAAAAAAUAAACUAUACAAUUCAAUUUACAAUAAAAAUAUAAAAUAAUCAAGAAAAUAGGAGAGGGGAGCUUAUUUCAAGUAUUCAAGAUUAAAAACAAAAUAACAGGAUUUUAAUAUGCAGUCAGAAUAUAUGAUAAAGCCAAACUACAUAGCUCUAAUUAUCUCCUUGAUUUGGUUAAAAAAUAAGUUACACUGUUGAGAUAAGUAGAUCAUUAAAAUUUAAUUAAAUUAUAUGAGAUCUUCGAAAGUUCAAAUCAUCUUUACGUAAUAUAAGAUCUAAUUGAAGGAGGCACCUUAGAGUGCAAAAUAUCUUAAAUGAAUUUUAACUAAGAACAAAUUAUAUUUAUUGUUAAAUAAACUUUAAAUGGUUUAGAAGAAUUGCAUAAGAAAGGCUAUAUUCAUGGGGAAGUAGGCUUAAAGUCAAUAGCAUUUAAGUCUUAAUAGGAUUUGAACUCUUUAUGUUUAAUUCAUUAUUCUAAAGUGAUGCUGAUGAAUGUUGCCAGAAACAAUAGUAAAAAAAUGGUUAGUUAAAGGACUUCUUUGAAGAAUGAUAAAACAUACAUUUCUGAUUUAUAAUAAUUGGGAAUUAUUUUGAUUAGAUUAUUAACUGGAUAUCAAUUCCAUCAAUUCAAUUUACCAAAUUCUAUGGAUGAGAUUAAAACCAUACUAAAUUUUAAGCAGAUAAAUUAAGAAUUGGAAGUCUUGCUCUAAUAAUUAAUACUUACUGAUUUUGAAACAUAAUUAAGCGAUAAUAAUACCCCUCUUGAAGUCUUAAAAAAUGAUAUAUUUAAAAAAUAGCUGGAACCUAAAAAUUUUAUUCUUAAAUAUUAGACUAUAAACGAGAAGAAUCAAAGGACGAGUUUAAAGCAUCUAGAUGAUGACUCAUUAGAUAUAAGAUCAAGAGUUCAUACUCUCCCGUAUCUUGAAAAUAGAUAGAGUAAUUCAAGGAGUUUGUCAAAUAGAAAACCAAAUGUUACACCUCUUAAAAUAUCAAUAUUACACAAAUUGGAAACAAUUGCUAAACCUCCAUCACAAUCAUCAGAAAGAAGAUAAAGUAAUUUAUAUCAAUUGCCAAGAAUGAAUCUCAUGCCAAAAGUAAAAUAAAAGUUCUGA